GUCGGUCGCCCCAAAGGAGCAGCCUUGCUCGCAGAGCUCCAUUCCUGAGAGUCUCUCCCCGAUGGAGCUCGGGCACCUCCGACGCCGCUGCUGCCUGGAACCCUGAGCAGCUCCGGGUGCACAGAGGACCGCGCUGGUCAUUCAGAGUGUGCAGGGUGACCGGGCGCACGCCGAGGACCUGGGACCUCGAGGCUCUGGGAAGCACUCCGUGCGGUGGUGGGGACCAUGGCUCUGAAGGACACGGGCAGCGGCGGCAGCACCAUCCUCCCGAUCAGCGAGAUGGUGUCCGCGUCCAGCUCUCCCAGCGCUCCGCUGGCCGCCGCCCCGGGGCCCUGCGCCCCGUCGCCCUUCCCCGAGGUAGUGGAGCUGAAUGUUGGCGGCCAGGUUUAUGUGACCAAGCAUUCGACGUUGCUCAGCGUCCCGGACAGCACUCUGGCCAGCAUGUUCUCGCCCUCUAGUCCCCGGGGCGGCGCUCGGCGCCGGGGCGACUUGCCCAGGGACAGCCGCGCGCGCUUCUUCAUCGACCGCGACGGCUUCCUCUUUAGGUACGUGCUGGAUUACCUGCGCGACAAGCAGCUGGCACUGCCCGAGCACUUCCCCGAGAAGGAGCGGCUCCUGCGCGAGGCAGAGUUCUUCCAGCUCACUGACCUGGUCAAACUGCUGUCGCCCAAGGUCACCAAGCAGAACUCGCUCAACGACGAGGGCUGCCAGAGCGACCUGGAGGACAACGUUUCCCAGGGCAGCAGCGAAGCACUGCUGCUGCGCGGGGCGGCGGCCGGCGCGCCCUCGGGCUCUGGGGCACACGGUGUCAGUGGCGUAGUCGGUGGUGGCAGCGCUCCGGACAAGCGCUCUGGGUUCCUCACCCUGGGCUAUCGUGGUUCCUACACCACAGUGCGAGACAACCAGGCAGAUGCCAAGUUCAGGCGUGUGGCGCGCAUCAUGGUGUGCGGGCGCAUAGCCCUGGCCAAGGAGGUCUUUGGGGACACUCUUAAUGAGAGUCGCGAUCCUGACCGUCAGCCGGAGAAGUACACGUCCCGCUUCUACCUCAAGUUCACCUACUUGGAGCAGGCAUUCGACCGACUCUCUGAGGCCGGCUUCCACAUGGUGGCGUGCAACUCCUCUGGCACCGCCGCCUUUGUCAACCAGUACCGAGAUGACAAAAUCUGGAGCAGUUACACUGAAUACAUCUUCUUCCGACCACCUCAGAAAACAGUAUCACCCAAACAAGAACAUGAAGACAGGAAACGUGACAAAGUCACAGACAAAGGAAGUGAGAGUGGGACUUCCUGCAAUGAGCUCUCCACAUCUAGCUGUGACAGCCACUCAGAGGCCAGCACUCCACAGGACAACCCGGUCAACACUCAGCAGGCUGCAGCUCACCAGCCUAACACCCUAACCUUGGAUAGACCCUCCAGGAAAGCACCCAUCCAGUGGAUGCCACCACCAGACAAGCGCAGAAACAGUGAACUCUUUCAGUCACUCAUCAGCAAGUCCCGAGAAACAAAUCUCUCCAAAAAGAAGGUCUGUGAGAAGCUAAGUGUGGAAGAAGAAAUGAAAAAGUGCAUUCAGGAUUUUAAAAAAAUCCACAUUCCAGAUUGUUUUCCAGAGCGCAAACGCCAGUGGCAAUCUGAACUGCUCCAAAAAUAUGGGUUGUAGUGAUGAUGAUGUUCUGGGAGUGUUUUGAUGGUAUUCAAUGUUUACUCCAAUGUCACCGCCUAACUGAUGGCCGGUGUGAUUCCUGCUGCUCUUUCUUUUUGUGAACAGUGGAUGUGGGACAGUAUUUUUUUCAUUACUUUUAUUGUUUUUAGAAACAUACUUUUAAAAAAUGAAACCAAUAAACGUGUGUCAAAAUGGUGUAUCUAUAUGAUUCAAGCCCUUUUGCAAUAAUGAACGUAAUAAUGUGCAUGAUCAAGAAACUUAGAAUCUUGAUUUUUGAACUGUGGUGACUGGACAUGUUUGUCAUUCUGUAAUUCACAAAACAACACGG